GAAGAAGCCAAAGUUAUGACCGGAAGUAUUUUUUUUUCUGGCUCACGCUGUUGAGGAAACCUGCAGUUCACAGACGCACCAUCUAUUUCCUCCUUGAGUCUAAAGAUAUCAGAGAUGAAAAAACAAGACACAGAAGAGUCUGCCAGCCAGGGCAGUGAGGAUGCUCCACCUACCGCAGAGGGAGUGGAGUCACCUGCAGCUGCAAAAGACAGCGUGGACAGCAGCAGCCCCAAAGAGUCUGAACCACAGACACCACAGACAGAUACACCUCCACAAAGUGACGAGGCAGGAAGCGAAGUUGCAGAGGCAGCAUUGUCUCAGUGUGACAAGGCUGAAGAGCUGAGCAGGCAGCUGGAGGACAUCCUCAGCACCUACUGCCGGGAAACUAUUUCAGAUGAUGCCAGCACCCUGCCUAAUGGCCAGUCACACAGCCCAGAGCUCAAUGGUAUAACUAAUGAGAGGGAGGACUACAAGCCAGAGGAGGGCAAAGUCAACGGGGGUGACAACAGAGUGGAGAAGGAGCAAAAGAAGACUCAGGAGAAGAAGAAAGUGAAGGGUCUGGGCAAAGAGAUCACCCUCCUCAUGCAGACUCUGAACACACUGAGCACCCCGGAGGAAAAGCUUGCAGGCCUCUGUAAGAAGUAUGCUGAACUGUUGGAAGAGCACCGUAACACCCAGAAGCAGAUGCGAGUGCUGCAGAAGAAGCAGAACCAGCUGGUCCAGGAGAAAGACAACCUGAGGAAUGAACACAGCAAGGCCAUCCUGGCCCGCAGCAAGCUGGAAAGCCUCUGCAGGGAGCUGCAGAGACACAACCGCACGCUCAAGGAGGAAGGGAUGCAGAGAACCCGUCUGGAGGAAGAGAAAAGGAAGGAAGUGACAUCCCAUUUUCAGGUGACACUGAAUGACAUCCAGGCUCAGAUGGAGCAGCAUAAUGAGAGGAACGCCAGCCUCCGACAGGAGAACACAGAGCUGGCUGAAAAGCUCAAGAAGCUCUAUGAACAGUACAAGCUGCGGGAAGAGCACAUAGACAAAGUGGUAAAGCACAAGGACCUGCAGCAACAGCUGGUGGACACCAAGCUUCACCAGGCUCAGGAACUGCUGAAGGAGUCAGAGGAACGCCACGACAGAGAGAAAGACUUUCUGCUGAAAGAAGCUGUGGAGUCUCAAAGGAUGUGCGAGCUGAUGAAGCAGCAGGAAGUUCACCUCAAACAGCAGCUUUCACUGUACACAGAGAAGUUUGAAGAGUUUCAGACCACUUUGUCCAAGAGCAACGAAGUCUUCACCACGUUCAAACAGGAGAUGGAGAAGAUGACUAAAAAGAUCAAAAAGCUGGAGAAGGAGACGGCCAUGUAUCGCUCCAGAUGGGAGAGCAGCAAUAAGGCUCUUCUGGAGAUGGCUGAGGAGAAAGCUGUGCGGGACCGUGACUUCGAGGCACUCCAGGGUAAAGUCCAGCGGCUGGAGAAGCUGCGGCGGGCGCUCAAAGUGGAACGCAACGAGCUCAACAAGAAGGUCCAGAACCUCAGCGGUCAGAACAGCGGCACGGCAGAACCCCCCACCUCCGACCCAGGGACCGACUCCCCCUCUCCUCCACCCACAGACUCUCUGCUGGAAGCCAGCUUAGAGCCCAGCGACCGCCCCGUCCCCGACAGCACCUCCUCCUGCUCCCACUCCUGCCACUGUGAGCCAGAACUGGACACAGACACCCUACUAGAAGAGGCUCGCUCUCAGCCCGUCGCCGCACAAGAAUGAAGCUUCUCACAGGGGGGACGACGCUGCUCAAUAUUCCCUCUCCUCCCCCUUCAGCAUCAAGCCACCAAACGAUAAGCCACCAGCCUGCAAGCCACUACUCCUCCUCUGCUGGAUGAAGCUGAUGUUAUAAACACUGGUCUAGAAGCAGAUCAGAUAGUCACACCCAUAUAUGUUUCAGGCAGAAUAUCUGAUCUGCGGUCCUGCUCGUACACUCUGCAGGCUUUAUUAAGGUGAUGGGAAGAUUGUGCCUCAUCUGUCAGUACAUUUACAUGCACAUUAUAACUCAAUUACUGUGAAUAACCAGAUUAAGGUAAUAGUUUGAUUAAAGCAUUGACAUGGUUCUAAUAAGCCAAUUUUCCUCCAAUGAUCACAUUCAUGAUUUAUAUAACAGCAGGUGUGGCUGCCUGAAGGAAACAUCUUAAUAGCACUACACAGUAGAGGAAGAAAAUGAAGCCAUGUAAUUGGUGUUUCAUUCAUGAUUUCAUUUAUUGUUGCAAAAUGAACCCCAUGUUCGCUGACGCCCCAAAAACAUACUUAGACACACUGCGUUCAGUCCCUGACGUCUCUGCAUUCACACACAGAAUCAAAACGCCGAAAGUCAUCAGACUCACGGUGUAUACAUAUCACAGCAUGUUAUCCAGCUCUGUGUCGCUCCAAUUUCAACCUCAACCCGACGUAGACGACUCAGUUUACAUGAUAGUUGCAACGAUCAGUAAUAAUCUAAUAAUUAUUGUCCAUGUAAAUGCACUGACUGCCUCUGCGUUGUGAUGUUUUACUUCACAUUCCCUUUUUGACCACAGAACCGCUUGGCGAGUCAUCAGAGGUUGAAUGAUAGGUGUGUGUGUGUGUGUGUGUUCGUUUGUGUUUUUCAGUGUGGUUGGGAGGGGUUUGAUUCAUAGCUUGCAGUAUUCUAAAGGUGAAGUCUUAACAGAAAUGUCAAACAAAUCAUUUCUUUUGCCAGUACAAUUCUUAAUAACGUAAAAAAAAUAAAUCUACAAUCCUACAUAGCCAGUUAAAUUAUUGAAGGAAAUUUCCCAUUCUUCCUUUUUUCUUUGUUUUUCCACACAGGUCAGAUCAGUUUUUUCAGUUUUCAGUUCUUGCUUGUAGACUAUUUUUAGGGAAAUGUUCCCUUUAUCUUCUUGUUUGCAUCACACUUCUUCAUUUGCGCAUUCGUAUUUAUUGUUUGAAGCAUAAUCUCUGAUAUUGCAAAGUAUGUAUUUUUAAGAGCACCACUGUAAAAAAUAAGUUUAUUUUGUAUUAAUUUAGAUCAUUUAAACAGGUGUUAUGUGAACUUUUCAUUCCUAACCUUUCUGAGUUCUGUUCCUCUUAGUUAAAUUUCUUUUACAUGUUUUGCAGUCAGCUUAUAACCUUGUAAUCACAACCCCUUAAAACCUGUUAAACUCCAUCUGUGUGUGUGUGUGUGUGUGUGUGUGUGUGUCUCUCUCUCACGUGGCUAAGAUUGUCUCCUCCCAACCCUGGUAAUUGCAGUAGCUAGUAAUCAGGUUUUAACAAGAGAAUGUUCAAGGACCUCUAUGCAACGCUUGCCUCUUGGUUUUAUUCUGUGGCAGUCUGAACUGACAAGCACUUAACUGAGAAUGUAUAUUCAUCAUAUCCACUGUCCUGCAUGGAUGUACUGUAUAAACAAACAACACAUCUCACAGCAGAACUCUGUUUCUGCUGAAGUUUGAACCCUGUUAAUUGAGCUACCCUCAAUUGUUGCUUAAUACAGAACAUAACAUUGUGCAUCUCCCUGGUGCUUUUAAAAGUUGCAGUUACUGAGCCGAGUGGGAAUGCAGAAGGAAAAUGAGAGCAAAUAUGUUAUUGGACUUCCGAAUGAUUGUUUCACUCCCAAACAUGCCCAUUUCUCUUCAGACAUUCAUUCUUAUGUACUACUUAAUAUGUAGCAUCGGUAACAAGGUGACAACUGAUAAAAUCAGUCACUUUCAACUUAAAUAGAAAUGGCAAACCAAAUUUCUUCCAUUGUCCCACAGGACAGAUUCAUUGUACCUCCGGUCCCACAGUGGAUUUGGAGGUUCAUUGACCAUGAGAAGGAACCAAAGAUGUUUCCUUUUUUGUCUUUUGCAGUACUUUUAUCUGGCCCUGUAUAUUUUGUUUCUUGUUAAAUAAAAGAUGUAACAGUGUA